AUGUCUCAAACUGAUAGAAUUCCUACAAUUGAUCUCUUUCCAUUCAUCAACAUCAAUGAAGUAGAUCAAAAUGAUGACCAGUUAGAUGUUAAGAAGAAGAAAAUCAAAGAGGUCAUAAAUCAAGCUUGUUCCGAGUAUGGAUUCUUCCAAAUUGUGAACCAUGGUGUUCCGGUAGGUCUGAUGAGCCGAGCACUUGAUCUCUCCAAAAAGUUCUUCGAUUUCCCUGAUGAUGAGAAGCUCAAGUUUAGUCCUGAACCCGGUGCACCUCUUCCAGCUGGUUACAGCCGUGCUAAUCCCCUUGUUGGUCAGUAUGAGCGCUUGUUGAUGUUCACUCCGAAUUCCAGUUUUAAGAAUAUAUACCCUGACAAUCCGCCAGAGUUCAGGGAAGUAUUGCAGGAAAUUUUCUCCCAUCUGACAAAAACAGGCUCAGUUGUGGAGGCAAUAUUGAACGACUGCUUAAACCUCCCUCAAAAUUUCCUGCAUGAAUAUAACCUCGACCGAAACUGGGAUUUCAUGGUGAAUUUAGCCUACCAACCUCCAACAGAAACUGAAAGCAGUGGUUUAAGCGAGCACCAAGAUUCGAAUUGUAUCACUUUUGUUCUACAAGAUGAUGUUGGAGGUCUUGAAGUUCUCAAGGAAGGAAAAUGGAUUCCAGUGAUUCCAGAUAAAAGCAGUAUCAUCGUUAAUAUAGGCGAUGCAAUUCAGGUACUGACCACCAACAAGUACAAGAGUGCAACACACAGGGUGGUGAGCCAGAUGGGAUCAAGGCGUCGGCACUCUUUUGCAUUCUUUUAUAACUUACAAGGAGAUAAAUGGGUUGAACCAUUGCCUCAAUUUACAACAGAUAUGGGAGAGGAGCCGAAAUAUAGAGGAUUCUGUUACAAAGAUUAUCAAGCACUCAGGUUGAGAAAUAAAACACAUCCACCUUCUAGACCUGAAGAUUUUAUUGAUAUUACUCACUAUGCCAUACCCAAUUAG